AUGGACUCAAAGUUUCAGCACAUUCCUUUUUUACGGCGCCUCAUACCAUACAUAGCGCCUCUGGUACCUAAACUGGUCCCAAAUAAGCUGCUUGGUCAAUAUGCCCAGCAGGCUCUCGAAGCCACAAGGAGAAGAAGGACCGAGGCAACUGACUCAGACGUCGACGGCUCUGUUUUCAGCAACCUUGCAUCAGAGGCAUGGCAGCAAAAGCGGGGCUUCAAGCCUUCAGAUGGCCAGAUUAUUUCUGAUGGCAUUGUCAUCCUCGCGGCUGGCGCCGACACCACCGCUGCCGCUUUGUCCGUCGGAAUUCAUCAUCUCGCCAGGCGUGCUGAUCUUUGGGCUGAACUACAGGACGAACUGAAACCUGUGAUGACGAUGUCUGACGGCUGUCCUCGACUUGAAAGUCUUGCCCAACUACCACUCCUCAAUGCGGUAUUGAAGGAAGGCUUGCGAAUUUCUUGUCCGAUUCGUGGUCACAUGCCUCGAAUCGUGCCCAAGGGUGGAUGGAUGUAUCAGGACACAUGGUUACCGGCAGGGUCCGUCGUUGCCACUUCCGCGUAUUACGGAUGCUACAACCAGACUGUGUUUCCGAGUCCUGAGCGAUAUGAUCCAUCGCGUUGGCUACUUACAAGCAACACCAGCGAGAUGGAAGCCCAUCUUCAACCGUUCUCAAGAGGAACUAGGCAAUGCAUAGGGCAAAACUUAACCCUCGCGACACAACGCCUAGCAAUCGCCACCAUUGUUCACAACUUCCGCCCAACAGCUAUUCGAGACCGAAUGAUUAGAACACGGGAAUACGUCACUCUCUUGACACGUCAUUUACGCCGCGCACUAGAUCUUCAGGGCAUCGAUUUGGUCUACGUGACCGGUCCGUUCGAAUGUGCACCAGGAUACGGUGUUUCACCCUUCUUCGACGACUGUGGACCUUUCUAUCGUUGGAGCCCAGAUUUCUGCGAACAAGACGAUGAGAGCCAGCGCUGCGAUAUUGAUGAAAGACUCGAGCGUGGCAGGGGUGUCAUUGACGCUAUUGAUGACCUGCGGUACGAAUUUGGCGAUGUUGAUUCAAACAUCGAUGGAGGCGGUAAAAACACUUUUGCUGGCAUUCUCGGAUUCUCUUCUUCAGCCGGCGUGGUCGCUGGGAUUCUCGCCGCACAGGAGAAUGAGAAAAUGGCAACUCCAGUAUGGUUACACUUCAAGUUUGGCAUCCUUAUCAACGGCACUGGGAUGCCCUUGCCGCUCUCAGAGGUGUCCAAGAUUCCUCAUGCAGCUUCCAUCUCGACGCCCACCGUAGCGGUGGUUGGAACAAAAGACCAAUGGCAAGCAGAAAGCAGACGGUUGAUUGGAUGCUUUGAAAAUGAUGCGGUCACAUUGUUUGAGUUUAACAACGAACACAAGGUUCCUGCGGAGGAAACCCAAGUUGAGCAGAUUUCCACAGCAAUCUGCAAGUUGGCGCAUCUCCAGUAUCUGAUUCCCAUCACUCAGAACGCUAUCGAUGCCGUGGAUGUUGGGCGCAUUGUUGACCCUUCUCAUCAGAGCCAGUCUGGUUUGCGGGUUUUUGACCCUGGCUAUCUCAACACGGCCUGCAUCAAGUCAAAUAUCACCUUCAUCGAUGGUCAGCGGGGCUACAUCCAAUACCGCCAGUUUUCCAUUGAGUAUCUCUUUGAGAACCAUGACUAUGAGGAAGUAAUUUAUCUACUUAUCUGGGGGAAGUUGCCCGACAAACCAGAGAAAGAGCAUUUUCAACGGAAGCUUGCGGCAAGCUGCGUUCCGCCGGAACAUGUGGUUCGGACCAUUGCCUCUUUCUCCAGAGAUUCGUCAACCAGCACGAUGAUGAUUGCUGGCAUUGCGGCUUAUGCAAGCCAGGAUGAAGGGGCCAUCAGCAUAAUGGGUUCUGCUAGGCCGGCUUACUUAGGACGUGCGGGCCACGUUGACGCGGCCAUUAUUAGAUGCAUGUCAGCGCUAGCUACCGUCGUUGCACUCGUUUAUUGUCACAAACGAGGCAAAGACCUAACGCCAGCUCACCCUAGCGACUCCUUCGUUGCGAAUGUCGUACGCAUGAUGGGGUUCCGAGACAAACGAAGCAGUGCUCUGCCUGAAGUGGGGAUCCAGAGGUGCUUAGAAAAGCUAUGGAUUCUCUACGCCGACCACGAAAUGACCAACUCAACAGCCGCAUUCUUGCACGCGGCUUCGACUUUAACGGACCCUUUAUCAUGUUGUAUUUCGGCAAUUGUUUCCGGAUAUGGACCACUGCACGGCGGCGCCAUCGAUCUGGCAUACAAGACGUUCGAAAAUAUCAAAACACCCAACGAGGUGUGCAGUCUCAUCACGGCCGUGAAAACGAACAAGCAACGUCUCUAUGGAUAUGGGCAUCGCAUAUACAAAACCGUCGACCCCCGCGUAAAGCUCAUCCACCGGAUGAUCGACCAGCACAGAGAUAAGGUAGAGUCGAAUCCAAUGCUGGCCGUCGCAUUGGAGAUCGACCGGGUCGCAAACGAUGACGAGUACUUUACCAGCCGCAACCUCAAAGCGAACGCCGACUUGUACGGGUGCUUCCUGUAUACUGCCAUGGGCUUUGAGACCGACGUUAUUGUCGCCAUGGCUAGUCUCUCACGUGCGGCAGGUGUACUAGCGCACUGGCGGGAGGCAAUGCUGGAGAGAGGCCCCGCACUUUGGCGGCCCAAACAAAUUUUCACAGGCAAAAUGGGCGUGACUUACUUGAAUUACCCCGCUGGGCUUUUUCGACCUUGGGACGGGACGGCCCUUGCCGGUGCCAUUGUCGUUGCUCCCAUCUUGGCCAUCGUAGGGUGGUGGGUGACUGCCUACUUCACCUCCCCCCUUAGACAAUAUCCUGGGCCAGGUUUAGCUGCCUGGACAAAUUUGUGGCGACUAUCUGUUGUUCGAUCAGGAAGUUAUCAUGUCAAGAUCAAAGAGCUUCACGACAAGUAUGGAGCCGUUGUUCGCAUCGGCCCAAAUACUCUGGACCUCGACUUUCCAGAGCUCAUCAAGACCCUCUAUGGCACGGAUGGGAAAUGGAAGAAGGUACGCGUUGUUCCCCUACCGCUUCCGGCAAACAUUCUGGCUCACACCAUGAGCAAGACCGAGUUUUACCACAAUAACAGCGCUAUCAUCGACGGCAGAAUUACCUACCACCUCUUCAGUACCACAGACCAAGCUGAGCAUGCACGGAUGAAGCGUCCAAUUGUCAAGUACUACUCCCAGAGUAGCGUCAUGGGAAUCGAGCCACUAUUUGAUACCUUGAUCGGUGACUUUUGUGACCACUUGGAAAAGCGAUUCAUGACCACCUCCAAGCCGACAGCGUGUGAUCUUGGCGAGUGGAUCGGGUUUUACUCUUGGGAUGCGAAUGGCGCUGCUUCUUUUAGCCAGCGAUUUGGCUACAUGGACGAGGGAUGCGAUUAUGACGGCACAAUUUCCAUUGCCGACAAAGCUCUUGACUACUUCGCCGCUGUGGGACAAAUGCCGUUUCUGGACUUCCUUCUCGACAAGAAUCCUGUUAUGAGAAUCGGCCCUCCGAACCUAGCAAACAUUACACGCAUUUCUCUCGAACACCUAGUAUCUCGCCUCCAGGGCAAUGAUCCUAAUUACGACCCCGACGUUCCCGACUUCCUGCAGCACUUCAUUGAAUCUAAGCAGGCCCACCCUGAACUUGUAAACGAUGGCAUCAUCAUGGGGUAUCUUCUCGUCAACUUGCUCGCCGGCGCUGACACAACUGCGAUCACCAUUCGAGCAACUUUUUGGCACGCGCUUCAUCAACCCGUCGUUUACCGACGCUUGGAACAAGAGAUUCUCUCAGGAGAGCUGUCUGAUGUUGCUUCGUACAGCUCAGCACGCGCGUUGCCAUACCUCGAAGCCGUCAUUCGUGAGGCCAUGCGGAUGCACCCUGGGGUCUGCAUGUUACUCGAGCGGUAUGUGCCUGACGGCGGCCUGGACCUUCCGGAUGGCACCCACGUUCCGGCGAACGUAGCUGUUGGUAUAAAUCCCUAUGUUGUUGGUAGAAACAAAAGUAUCUGGGGCGACGAUGCGGAUACCUACCGGCCAGAGCGCUGGUUGCAGAAUGAAGAUGAGAGCGACGCAGCCUAUAAGAUAAGACUACGUUUGUACAACGCGUCGGACUUGACCUUUGGUGGUGGGUCGCGAGUCUGUAUUGGGAGAAAUCUCGCUCAUCUAGAAGUUUACAAGAUUGUGGCAACGUUGAUCCGUAGUUAUGAAAUCUCACUCGUCGAUCUCAACCGCCCUUGGAAAGUCACGGGUAGUUGGUUCCCGAGGCAGAGGGGCUUUAUUUGUCAUUUGAAGAAGCGGGAUCAAGGAUCAUGUUGA